AUGGAAGUAGUCAACAAUGUUACCGAGUUUAUAUUUUUAGGACUUUCCCAAGAUCCUGGAACGCAACUGAUACUCUUUGCUCUAUUCCUCCUCUUCUACACGGUGAUCCUGGGGGGAAACCUGCUCAUUUUGCUUAUGGUUUUUUCUGAUCCCCGGCUUCACACACCCAUGUAUUUCUUCCUCAGUAACUUGUCCUUUGUGGACAUCGCCUAUUCCUCAGCCACAGCACCCAAGAUGAUUGCAGACUUUGUUUCUGAGGAAAAGAUUAUUUCCUACUGGGGCUGUGUAACUCAGAUGUUUACCUUCCACUUUUUCGGUUGUGCUGAGAUUUUCGUUUUGACUGUCAUGGCUGUUGACCGUUAUGCUGCCAUCUGCCAACCGCUCCGUUAUACCACCGUCAUGAGCACCACUGCCUGCACCAUGCUGGCAUCACUGUCCUGGCUGGGAGCCCUGGCUCACUCCUUUGUUCAGACCCUCCUGACCUUUCAGUUACCCUUCUGCAGCUCUCAGAUCAUUGACCACUACUUUUGCGAUGUCCACCCAGUUCUAAAACUUGCCUGCGCUGACACAACCCUAGUAAACAUGUUGGUGAUUGCCAACAGUGGUCUCAUCUCCCUGGGGUGUUUCCUCAUUCUUCUGGCCUCCUACACAGUAAUUCUAUUUAGUCUUCGGAAGCAGUCUGCUGAGGGCCGGCGCAAGGCUCUCUCUACCUGUGGGUCUCACUUCACUGUAGUAACUUUCUUCUUUGUCCCUUGUAUCUUCAUUUACCUCCGUCCCUCCACCACUUUCCCACUGGAUAAGGCUGUGUCUGUGUUCUAUACAACCAUCACCCCAAUGCUAAACCCACUCAUCUACACUCUGAGGAAUGAGGAUGUAAAGAAUGCCAUGGAUCGGGUGUGGAAUCACAAAGUCUCCUUGAAGGAAAAGCAGAAGGCAUAG